GCGGGGCCCAGGAGCGGGACAGCUUGGCGCGGGGUCCCGCCAGGGAGCAGAGUCGAGUCGAGCCCUGGGCCGGAAAGUUUUGACCGGGCUUUGCCGGCGGCCAGGAGCGGUCGUAGCGCAGCGGCCGGGCUCACACCAGCGCCCCUCACUGCCCCCGGCGCCUGCGGCCCUUGGGACGUUCGGCCUCCGGGGCGUCUCUCUGGCUGCCAUGGCUGCCUGGGCCGCCGCCGCGCGUUUGCGGGCCUUCGGGACAAAGGUGCCCGGCUGGCUCCCGCGCGGCCCGUGGGCUCCGCUCGCCGCUGGUUUCUGCAGCCGGGGGCCGGCGGGGGCCGAACGGCCGGAGCCGGGGCCGCGACCCACCAGCAUGCGGCAGCGGGACGGCAUCAGGAGCAUUGUCUUGAGCGAUCCAAAGAGGAGGAAUGCGUUGUCACUGGCAAUGCUGAAAUCUCUCCAAAGUGACAUUCUUCAUGAAGCUGAAAGCAAAGAUCUGAAAGUCAUUAUCAUUUCAGCUGAGGGGUCUGUAUUUUCUUCUGGGCAUGAUUUGAAGGAACUGACAGAUGAGCAAGGUCCAGAAUAUCAUGCUGAAGUAUUUCAAACCUGUUCUGAGGUCAUGAUGCGGAUCCAGAGCCACCCCGUCCCCAUCAUUGCCAUGGUGAACGGCCUGGCCACCGCCGCCGGGUGUCAGUUGGUUGCCAGCUGUGACAUUGCUGUGGCCAGCGACAAGUCCUCAUUUGCCACUCCGGGCGUGAACAUCGGGCUCUUCUGCUCUACCCCUGGGGUGGCCCUGGGGAGAGCAGUGCCCAGAAAGGUCGCCUUAGAAAUGCUUUUUACUGGGGAGCCCAUUACUGCUCAGGAGGCCUUGCUCCACGGGCUGCUCAGCAGAGUAGUGCCGGAAGAGCAGCUGGAGGAAGAGACCAUGAGAAUCGCGAGAAAGAUCGCCUCCUUGAGCGGGCCGGUGGUGUCUCUGGGCAAGGCCGCCUUCUACAAGCAGCUGCCCCAAGACCUUAGAACAGCCUACCACCUCACCUCCCAGACCAUGGUGGACAACGUGGCUUUGCAGGAUGGGCAGGAGGGGAUCAAGGCCUUCAUUCAAAAGAGAAAACCCAUCUGGUCACACUGAGCCGGCCUUAUCAGCGGGAUGGAGGGCGAGUGAGCCCAGUGGGCAGCACUCAGGACCGCCCCCCCACUCCCUGAUGUCUGAUUCCCCCAACCACCAAUGGGGCCUUGUGACGCUAACAGGAGACAGCCUGCUUCAGUAACUUUAGGAUUGGUUUCACUGCCUGAGGUCUGUAUUACCAGCUAUGAGUCCAUGGGGAAAGGAUGAAACAGAGAAUCACAGGAAAUACGAGUUUGAGAGCAGCGAGCACCUUUGCUGGGCCAGCUAUGGCAGAAAACCUGGAAUUCGAUACUCCUUCAUGGGACCUUCAGUGAGGGAUCACCCUGACAUGGGAGAAGGUGACGAUAAACUGAGGCGAGAAAGAAGGAUGCCAACCUGCCUCUGUUAUCAGAAAUAUCCCCUAAGGUGGAGGUCGUGCUGGUUGCCCAAGACACAUGGAGCAUUUCAAAUCUCCAUGCGAUAUUCUCCACACUGAACAUCUUCUUGGUUCUGUUGCAAAAUAACCAGGCCUACGGCUUUGGAAUCGUCUUAUGUCAUUUUAAAAGAUGAUAUAUUUAGAGAGACUGGUAAGUUUAUCUUCCCAACAG